AUGGUGGAUCCGGCUUGGAACAUUCAUACAGCCAGCGAGCAAUGGCUUGUUGACUUCUGCGAACGACUCUUACGAGAGGACAAGAUUAUUGGGGGCUGUUUCGGAGGGGAUAGAGUGGUCAAACUCUCGGACAGCAUAGCAGCCAAAUUUGGUUUCGGUAUCAGAAUUUCUGAGGCGAAAACUCAAGAAUUUGCACGUCGAAAUGCAGAUCCAAGCAUUGUUUAUAUCCCUCAGAUUUAUCGCUUCUUCCGUCGGGUAGAUUGUGGCUACUUGUUUAUGGAAUAUGUGCCCGGGCAGUUGCUAGAUGAGCUUGACCUCAAUGAAUACACGGAUAUUAUUCCCCGCGUUGCCAAGAUUAUCGCGCACCUUGGACAAAUUCAAGGCAGUCAAGUCCCAGGUCCUUUAGGCCGGGGCCAACCACAAGGAUAUCUUUGGGGUGAUGAUGGUGCAAAAACGACUUUUACCUGCGUAGCAGACCUCGACGCUUGGCUCAACAAACGUCUUGCGGUACGAAAUGAGUCUAUAGAUCUAAGUUCUUAUCCACUUGUUCUAUGUCACAUGGAUUUGUGUCGACGAAACAUGGUCCUCAAGGAAGACAAUACGAUUUGUCUCCUCGACUGGGGAUGUUCCGCGCUGUAUCCGCGAUUUUUCGAAUUCGUGUACCUGUCUUUCAUGAUGCCAUGGGAUAAAAGUUACGAAGAUCCACUAAUUCAAGCCACAUCCGCUUUACUACUUUGGACAGAGGAAGAGAAAGAUUUGAUGCGCCGUCUGAAAAUUGCUCGAGCUGUUGCUUUGCGAUACACAUUCGAGACUGAUAACAAGUAUGGUACACCAGAUUGGGUUCGUUCUAUGCGUCGUUCACGGCCAAUGCUAAGUCGAUCGCCCAGCCCGUCUUGA